AUGUGGCAGACAGAGGAGCCUGGAUCCAGCCUGGCCUACAGGCCAACAUGGCGAGGAGGAAGAAUGGCCAACAACAUUUCCUGCUCUGUGCAAUCAUACCAAAAAGGCUACACUACAAUUAUUCCUCUGCUUCCUCUGCAUCCUCUGUGUUUUGAUAAUGGGUCUUCUUACGACUGGCUGAGGAAAUCCUCGUUUUUAGCUGCUUCCUCCUCCAAAAACUCCAAGCAACAUAAUGUAAACAUCCUGCAGUGGCACUGGCCUUAUGACAACGUUUUGAAUUUCAGCCAGGACAUCUGCUGGAAACACUUUGGCAUCCCAAACUGUGAAGUGAAGGUUGUGACACAGAGGUCCUUGUUUUCAGAGGCGGACGUGGUGGUGUUCUUUAACCGAGAGCUUAGAAUUAACAAAGAGAAACUUCCCCUAAAGCUUCCCAGACCGCCAGGCCAGAGGUGGGCUUGGAUAUCCAUGGAGGCGUCUGUUCGCAACGGAGACCGGAGACGAUUUGCAGGUUUGUUCAAACUCACUGUGAACUUCAGGAGGGACACAGAUGUUAGCAUACCAUACGGUGGACUUCUACCAGAGGACUCUAAAAAGCCAAUGAAAAACAUCCAAUGGAAAAAAACAGAUCUGGUCUGCUGGGUGGUCAGAAACUACCAAGAGUCCUACAAAAGAAGCCAAGUGUACAAAGAACUCAGCAGUGUCGUCCCUGUGAAGGUCUACGGACAGUGGACAAAUGUUCCUCUUGCACCCAAAAACCUUCUUCCCACCCUGUCUCGCUGCUAUUUCUAUUUAGCCUUCGAGAACACCAUCGCCAAAGAUUACAUCUCUGAGAAGCUGUGGAGGAAUUCUUACCAAUCUGGGGCGGUUCCGGUCGUCCUGGGAGCAUCUGUGCAAGAUUACGAGGUUGUGGCGCCGCCUCAUUCGUUCAUCCACGUUGACCAGUUUGCGUCGGUGAAAGAGCUUGGCAAGUAUCUGCAGCAGCUGGCGGGUGACGUCAAGCACUAUCGCGUGUAUCUGCAAUGGAGGAGAGAGUGGAAGGUGGAAUUGCACAACGACUUGAAGUGGAGACUGUGUCAGAUCUGUUUGCAGUAUCCCAGCUUCCCUCCGUACAAGGUCUACGAUGACCGGGAGGCCUGGGAUAACGCUGUGUAGGAAGAAGGGAGGGAGAGAGAGAGAGAGACAUUCUGCAAUCUUUAGUCAGUCAGAUUAUACCUCCUUUAAAUACAACAACUUUGCAUUUGUGGAAUUAGAACAACAAGUGUGUCUGUUUUCUGCUGUAAAUUGUGAACUUGUAUUUAGUUUCCGUGUUUUGGUUUGUUA